UUCAGCUUUUAUGAGUUGUAUUCGGCCACCAUGGGUGCUUACGUCUUCCUUUUGUUAGCGCUGAUUAGCACCGCCUUCGCCGCUCCAACUCCUCAAUGCGGCUCCCUCAAUGACUCACCUUGCGGGCCGCAAUGUGGGUCGCAGUGGAAAUGCUACCGCACCAACGAAGGAGCCACUGUCUGCAUCGGUCAACCCGGCUGCCCAUCCAGCGGGCAACCGUGCGUCAACUACGGCCAAAACUGCCAGCCACCCACAUCCUGCUCAGCCACCAUUUACACCCCUAGCAACUGCAACCCGUGUAACCCAUGUAGCACUCCCCCACCAUGCGCACCGGCCCCCUGUACCGCCCCCUGUGCCCAACCCGACCCAUGCACGUGCUACAAAUAAAAAAAAUGUGUAAAUAAUUAUUUUAAAAAAUAUAUAAUGCGCAAAAA